AAAGAGCGAGAAAGAGUACACACGAGCAGACCACUCAUGAGGUGCGUCCUCGGAAAGGGAAUCUUGUUCGACGGUGCUGUUCCAUCGUCUCGUUCAUUCGGGUUACCGUAACAGCACAGACAACACCAAGAGAAACAUGGCGGACGCUGCUCCAGCCCGUGGUGGAUUUAGAGGAGGAUUCGGCUCACGUGGCGGUUCCCGCGGUGGUCGCGGUGGACGAGGCCGUGGUCGCGGUCGUGGCCGUGGACGCGGUGGCAAGGAAGACUCGAAGGAAUGGGUGCCGGUGACGAAGCUAGGCCGCCUGGUGAAGGAUGGCAAGAUUCGCACCCUGGAAGAAAUCUACCUGUACUCGCUCCCGAUUAAAGAGUUCGAGAUCAUCGAUUUCUUCCUGAACCGUCUGCUGAAGGAUGAGGUGCUGAAAAUCAUGCCCGUCCAGAAGCAGACCCGUGCUGGUCAGCGUACCCGCUUCAAGGCGUUCGUCGCCAUCGGUGACAGCAACGGUCACAUCGGUCUCGGUGUGAAGUGCAGCAAGGAAGUGGCUACCGCCAUCCGUGGUGCUAUCAUCCUGGCCAAGCUGUCGGUCGUUCCGGUGCGUCGUGGCUACUGGGGUAACAAGAUCGGUCGCCCGCAUACCGUGCCUUGCAAGGUCAGCGGUAAGUGUGGUUCCGUUCUGGUGCGUUUGAUUCCUGCACCGCGUGGUACCGGCAUUGUGUCCGCUCCGGUACCGAAGAAGCUGUUGCAGAUGGCUGGUAUUGAUGAUUGCUAUACCACCACCCGUGGUUCCACGACGACGCUCGGCAACUUCGCGAAGGCCACGUACGCAGCCAUUGCUAAGACGUACGCUUUCCUGACGCCGGACUUGUGGAAGGAUCUGCCACUGAACAAGACUCCGUACCAGGAGUUCGCCGACUUCCUCGACAAGACUAACAAGACCGGUCAGCGUAUCAUCGAAAUGUAAGAAUUGCCCUUGCAUUUUGAAAUCAUUGCUACCAGUCACAGUCAAACGCUUCGAAUGCAGUGAUGCUUUCGAAGGAGAAAAACUAAAAAUAAAAAAAAUCAUUCGUUUUGGAAACGGAACGAUAGCAAA